GCCCAUCACACCAUCUCUCCAUCUUUUCGACUCCUUGGGACAUUGACCUCGGGAUUGUUCCAGCAAAAGACUCGUGAUAUCAAACAUCGCGGGGAAAAGGGAAUUGCUCAGAAAGGUUCAACGUCGACUUGCGGUCUGAUCGAUUGUCAACAUUUCCGGGCCUUGACACAUCAGCAAGACAUCUCAGUCCAAGCCCUUGGACCCCUCUACACAGUAGACAGGGAAAUAACACAGCGUGGUCGCGGAUUCCAAGCAAAAGCAAAGGCCAACGCUCCAUCCGUAGUUCGUGUUGAGACUGCUGGAAGAAAGUAGGAUACAUGGCCAACACUGAACCAACCCUUGGCGUGAGCAACGACGUGCCCAACCCCGAAUUGCCCUACCAGCCCUACAUGGACGUCAAACCGCCCCCGAAGGCAGGACUCUCCGAGGCCAACGGUGCACCGCUGACGGAACGCGAAGUCGAAGCCGUAGAGAAACGAGAGCGCGAAGAGCGUGAAUCGACGCCCGAACCCGAGAAUUUUGCCAUCGCCUUCCCGGAGAACCUGCCCACACCACCCUUCCUGCAUGUCGAGGGGGUCCCGAAUUUCAGGGACCUGGGCGGCUAUGCUUGUCAACCACCUUGUUCUACCGCCAGCACGGACACCGCCGACUCUGCAUCAUCCCAACAACCGGGGACAACAACAACCCAUGUACUACGUAAAGGCCUGCUGUAUCGCUGCGCGCAUCCGACGCACCUGACGGCGCAGGGGGCCGAGUACUUGACGCAGACACUGGGUGUGCAUGACAUGUACGAUCUCCGCUCGCAGCCCGAGAUCUCACGGCUCGCGGCAACGGUGGCUUCGAGCGGCAAGGCCAUCUACCCGCUCGCGGACCCGACGACAGGAUGUCUGGACCACGUCGAGGGCCUGACUCGGCACUUCACGCCCGUGUACCAGAGCGAAGACUACGGGCCCGUGGCGCUGGCGACCAAGUUGGCCUGGUACACGGCGGCGCACAGUCACGACGAGGACGCCGGCUUCGCGUACAGCGAGGGCUUCGUCAAGGCGUACCGGGACAUCGCGCUGCACGGCGCGCGCCCCGCGUACGAGAAGAUGUUUCGACAGUUGCUCGACCGGCCCGGCGAGCCGCUCGUGUUCCACUGCACGGCCGGCAAGGACCGGACGGGCGUGUUCGCCGCGCUGGUGGGGAAAUUGGUCGGCGUGCCCGAGGACAUGGUCUGUUGGGAGUACGCGCUCACCGAGCCCGGCCUGGGCGAGUGGAGGGCGCAAUUCAUCGAGAGGAUCUGCGCGUCCGGGUUGGGCAGUGGAGGUGGAGGGGGAGGGAAGCCAAGCCCAGGCCACCAGCGGACGACAAUCAGUCGCGAGGAGGCCGCGCGCAUCUGUGGGAGUCGCGCAGGGAAUAUGCGUGCUUUCUUGAAGGUCGUGCUUGAGAAGGAGCUCGGUGGUGUCGAGAGGUAUCUUGUGGAGCGCUGUGGGCUUACAAAGGACGAGGUGGCAAGACUGAGGGACUCGUUGAUUGUCAGGGUCGAUGAAGGCGAGGUCGUCAACCAGUGCGAGAUCAAGGGGUGGACCGCUGAGGGCGGAGUGCAAGAUUGAACUGAGCGAUAUUCACCACCACAAAGAAAAUCGCGGCGAGAACGAGAGGCGCUGGCACUGGCAUUUGCACUGGGAACGAACGUAUGAGUUGGCAUACCCUUCCUGCCAACCCUCGUGGUGGCUGGAUCUCUACAGGACCUUCUUCUCUGCAUAAGUGUCUAGACCUCAAUGCCACAAAGGGGCACAGGGCCGGGACUUGAGUUGGCGGACAAUAGAAAUAGACAGUUUCAAGGUUGAAUGAAGGUUUCCUAAACCUCGAUGUAGGCAAUAGAUUGACGGCAGAGGAUGUACCUAUUUGAGGUUGCCGUAUGAUGCCGUGUAUCUCGAGCAGGAUUUCACCAG